AUGUCUGGCAAGGGCUUCAGGGGCCUCAAUGAGGCCAUGAGGGCUCUGAGCCUGGCCUCACAGCCCUGCCGCAGCACAAAACCAGCUGCUGCAGGAAUAGCAUACAUGGCGUCGCGCACAAUGGCGACAACAACAACACCUUCCGGCCUGACGAUACCAUCGGCCGAGCCUGCUGCCUUCGUUCCCUUCAACCCUCCUUCCACAGUGCCCGUCACCAUCUACAACUUCCCCAGCCUCGAGCCCAGAGGCCUCGAAUCUUACUCCACAAAGCACCUCUACUUGCCUCUACGGCGGGACAUACUCCACUUGGCUGUGACAUACGAAGGAGACAACACCCGCCAAGGCACAGCCAACGCCAAGACCCGUUACGAAGUACACGGUUCGCAUCGCAAAGUAUACCGGCAAAAGGGAACCGGAAAGGCGCGUGUCGGAACCAAGCAGUCACCCCUGCGCAAGGGCGGUGGAAAGUCGUUUGGCCCCCACCCUCGCGACUUCGGCACCGGCCUCAACCGCAAGGUGUACGACCUUGCCUGGCGCACAGCGCUGUCUUACCGUUACAGACGAGGGGAGCUCAUCGUGUGCGAGGACGGGCUCGAGCUGCCGCUCCCGGAGGAUUUCCUUGCCCUCGCACAGAAUGGCAAGCUGAGCAGAGAAUUGGAAGACGGCUUUGUGGCGCGCUACCUGGGCGACGUCAUGACUGGCCUGCGGUGGGGGAAGAACCACGGGAGCACGACGUUCGUGACGACAGACCCGCGGCCUAACCUGUUUACCAGCCUGGAGGUGGCGCAGGAGCACGGGAGGGCAAUGGAGAUGGAGGACGUGGAUGUCAAGAACCUGCUGGAGGCAGGGCGAAUAGUGAUGGAGCGCAGUGCGUUGAAGGAGAUCUUGAAGAUGCAUCGGAGUGAUCUGGUCAGCAGUAUCGUCAUCAAUGGCACAAGGGAUAAGGGGCCGGCUAUUGGAUCGCCAGUGAUUCAAUAA